UCUAUUUUUUUAAAUCUUUGUUUCAUUGUUCUGUUCCUCACCAUCUCAAUCUCCAUCUUCUUCCUUCUCAGUUGAUUUCUUCUUCUUUUUUUUUGGUAAUCCAGAAAGCUAUUCUCUUGUUGUAUUUUCCCACAAAUGUCAAACCUUCCUGGAAUUAUCUAAUUAUCAAACUUCAUUACAAAUGUUAAAUCAUCUGAAUACAUUUCAUAGUGGGUUUUUGCAAGUUUGAGACUUUAUAACUUGUGAUGCUGUAGUUGAUGUGAGUGUGAAACGAUCUACACUGGGUUUAUCUUUGAUUUUCAAAACUAUAAAACAAAGAAACUGACCAAGAUAUUGAGCUAAAGAGUGGAUCAUCAAAGCAGUUUAGGUUCAGCAGUAAUGAAGAGCGAACAGUGCGCACAGAAACUACAAUCUUCAACUCAAGCUUCAUCCCAAGGUGAACAGAAAAUCAACCAAUCAUUAGAUGCUUCUCCUAUACAAGAUGCCGUUUCUGUAUCUGCUCCAAGCAAUGAUACUAGGAAAGUCUCAAGACAAGAUAUUGAACUCGUUCAGAAUUUGAUAGAAAGAUGUCUUCAGUUGUACAUGAACAAAGAUGAGGUGGUGAAGACCCUCUUGACUCGGGCAAGGAUAGAACCUGCAUUUACUAGCUUGGUUUGGCAGAAACUGGAAGAAGGAAACGCAGAGUUUUUCAGGGCUUAUUACAUAAGGUUGAAGCUGAAGAAGCAAAUAGUUAUAUUCAAUCAAUUGCUUGAGCACCAGUACCAUCUCAUGAAGUAUCCUCCUGUACCUCCAAAGAUUCCUCUCGCACCUAUGCCAAACGGAAUGCAUCAUCCCAUGCCACCUGUAGUUGGCAUGCAAAUUGGGUAUCCAGUACUACCACAUCCUCAGAUGCAUGUUCAAGGCCAUCCCCAUAUUACUGCUGCAACGGCUAUGUCAAGCUGCCAUGUUGUUAACGGAGUCCCUGCACCUGCGCAUCUCCAGCCAUUGAGGAUGAACUCAACGAAUGAUAUGGUGGUUGAUGAUACAACGGUGGAAGAUGAAACUCCUCCUCAAGUGGUUCCACCAAGCAGUGGUGAGAUGGCAGUGAGUCCAGCUUCUGUGGCAUCAAGUGGACACUUUCCAUUUGUUGAUUCAGACAUGGUAAUGGAGACUUCAGUGCUUGAUUCCGAGUUCACGGCUGAUGUUGGAGCAGAUGGAGGAGAAGGAGGAGGAGGGGCAGCUGGGAAUUCUAGAGAUGCGUCAUUUGAUCAGAUUCCCUGGGAUUUUAGCCUUUCUGAUCUCACUGCAGAUCUGUCAAACUUGGGAGAUGUGUAUGUUGGAGAUUUAGAAGCGUUAGGAGACUAUACAGGCUCACCGUUUCUUCCAUCUGACUCAGAGAUUUUGCUGGAUUCUACUGACCAAGAGGACAUAGAGGAGUUCUUUGCGGAUUCUAUGCCUGGACCUCCUAGUUUAAACGAAGAGAAGCCUUGAAGAGAGGCAACAAGCAUUGUUUUUUAUUUUGAAUAACAAAUAUAUAACUACUAUUGUUAUAUAUAUCAGAGUACUAAUGAAUAAGAGAAGGUUAGAAUGAACAAAAGCAGUUGUUACUUGAUAGUGUCUUCUUGUAAUCCUGUUAUUACUUUCUACAAGGACUAAGUUUAAACUUGCAAACUGCUUCUUCAGCAUUUUUUAUUUAUUUAUUAGUCUCGGUUCC